AUGGAUCUUCCACCGAGAUUACGCAAACAAGGGGAGAACACAGUAUGUCGUCUGCAGAAAUCCCUAUAUGGGCUAAAACAAGCAUCCCGACAAUGGAAUGAGAAAUUCAGUAAAGCUCUCACUGACAUAGGAUUUAUUCAGUUUAAACAUGAUUAUGCAUUAUUCACUUGGAACAAAGGUAAAACUUUUAUUGCUCUCAUCAUAUAUGUCGAUGACAUUCUUAUUACAGGAAAUGAUGAAAAAAGAAUCAAAUCCUUAAAGGAGCAUCUUAACAGACAAUUCAGAAUAAAGGAUUUAGGAGAGCCAAAGUAUUUCCUAGGCAUUGAAAUUGCAAGAUCCCCAGCAGGAAUAUCCCUUAGCCAACAGAAAUAUGUCUUGGAACUUAUCUCUGAUUCAGGACUAUCAGGAUGCAAGCCAAGUGUCAUUCCAAUAGAACAGAAUACAAAGCUGACUACUCAAGAAUAUGAUAGUGGGAUAUCAUCUUUCGAAAAUGAUCCACCACUGGAAGAUCCUACAAAGUAUCAAAGACUUGUUGGGCGAUUGAUCUAUCUCACCAUGACUCGUCCAGACAUUAGUUAUGCAGUCCACAUUCUUAGCCAAUUCAUGCAUGGACCCAAACAAUCUCACAUGGAUGCAGCAAUAAAGGUUCUAAAGUACUUGAAAGGAUGUCCUGUAUUAGGAUUCCUCCUUCUCCGAGACAAAGAAUUAGUUGUCACAGCUCAUUGUGACUCACACUGGGCCACAUAUCCAAUGACAAGAAAGUCACUUACAGGGUUUUGUAUCAAGUUAGGGGGAGCUCUUAUUUCUUGGAAGACCAAGAAACAAUCAACAAUAUCUCUAUCUUCAGUAGAAGUCGAAUACAGAGCCAUGGCCAAAACAACAUGUGAAAUCAUCUGGAUUUUGGGGUUAUUGGAAGAUCUAAAGGUACAAGUAAGAAAGCCUGUCCUUUUAUACUGCGAUAACAAAGCUGCAAAUGAUAUCGCAGCAAAUCCAGUAUUCCAUGAAAGAACAAAACAUAUAGAGAUUGAUUGCCACUUUGUCAGAAACAAGAUACAAGAAGGGGUAAUCAAGACUUUGCACAUUCGUACUUCAGAACAACCAGCAGACAUUUUCAUAAAGCCAUUGUGCAGCAGACAACAUUCAUAUUUACUUAGGCAAGCUGGAGUUUUUGACAUUUACAAACCACAAGCUUGA